AAAGGCAUGCAAUUGGUUGCAAUCGCGUGCAGUUGAUAACUAGAUCGACCGAUGAUGAUUAAGCCAAAUUAUACGUUCCAUUUAACUUUAACCAGUUACCGAUUGGCUAGAUGAGAUUAAAAAAAUAAAUAAGUAUUGCGGUGACGAUCGGUGAUAUCGCCAGCCACCUUCUGUAUAGUUAUUAAAUAAACUAUUAUAUACAGUUCCAAAAAUUAAAAGUUGCUCCCAGAUUAAUUAAAUAAUGUGACUUAUGGAAACCUAACUACCUACCUAUAACAACAGUGAAAACAACCCACGAAAAGUCCGACAAGCCGUUGCUGUACGGCAAACAUAUACCGAAUAUCAAAAAUUUAUAUCAUGUACACUGGAAGGCAUCGCUGGAGCUGCUGAGCUGGACAUAGACCUCCCCCAUGGAUCUCCACAAAGACAACCUUGUUGGGGGCCUUCAUAUAAAAUAUGCAAUGCAAAUACCAAAUGCGCAGAAAAGCAUCAAACCAGUUUUCCUGGAAUUCAUGAAAAUGGGACACUUUUAGGUAUUGCAUGACAUUUGAUUCAACAUACAUGGUUUUACCACAACCGCGUAGGUUUAAAUUAUACACCUACAGCAAAGAGUAAAGUAAGUAUAUAACAGUCUAGUUUCCUAAUAAGACUGUACCGUACCUACUAAAGUGCCAAUUACAUCUACACUUUUCAAAUAUUGUUAACGAUGUGCCGCUAUUCCGUGAAACGGAAAACGACACAAAACUAAAGCUAUUUGAGGUAAUACAAAACACGCUGGCUCAUUCUACAUACACAUCACAAAUGUCAACUUGACAUUUGUUGAGUGUCAAUGUCAUCUCACUGCGAAUCCGAAUCAAAGAGCAUAUAAUCACUACGUUUUAAUCCGAAUCACGUCAUUUUUGUUUGUGGCGCAAGACGCAGUAUUCUAAGAUUCGUUAAACUUCAAUAACUUCAUUCUAAACUCAAACAAUGGAUUCUGAUGAAGAAAUGGAUAAUGUACCAUCGUGGCGAGGUGUACCUGGUUGCAUAGUGCUCAUCAAUGUCUACGAUCCUUCCAAAUACGGCACAGCAAAGGCCGCACAUGCGGCGACUUGUUCGCUGAUCCGGCAUAAUCUGAGAUUAGCAAACUCGAACCAUAUUGGUGUUUGUUUGUAUGGCACAGAAGAUUCGAACUCUUCCGCUUUUGGAAUAAAAAGCGUCGUCGACGUUUGCCCAUUGAACACUCCCUCGCUGGAAGACUUCAAGAAACUCCGUAGUAUAGAAAUCAACACGUUAAAGCAGGCAAAAGAAUUUAAAAUGUCAGAUGUUUUGUGGCACUGCAGCAAAAUGUUUGCAAACUGUAAGAAACUGCUUUCUUCCCGCACAGUUUUAAUUCUGUCAAGGCUUGAUGAACCACCAAUAGCUUCUGAUCAGAAACCAACUAUCAAAAGAGUUAAUGACUUAGUAGAUUCCAAUAUUGAAGUAAAGUUUGUUAACAUCUCCCAAUUAGAUUAUAAAAUAGACAAGUUCUAUGAAAAUUUCUUAUUUGAAGCAAGUAAAGGGAAAGGUGUCAUUAUUCCAAAAACAGUUUGGGAGUGCAAAGAUGUUGAGCAACUAAUGCAUCAACAAACAGACAGGCAUCUUGCUGUUGCUAAGCUCAGCUUUGUUAUUGGAGAUGGGCUCUCAAUUGGGGUAGGAGUUUAUAACCUCAGUAAAACCCAUCAGUACCAAAAAACUACAGCUUUAAAUCGGGCAGACAAUGCUAUUUUAACAAGUGUCACAAAAACUGUAAAAGUUACUCAAAGAGCAGAUAAUGGUGAAGCUAUGGAUGUUGAUGGUGAUGGAACUGUUCAAAUGCCAUUGUUGAAAUCAGAAUUACUGCAUUAUCAGGAAUAUGGUGGAGAGAGAGUAGAAUUCACUGACAAUGAGAUGAAGUCAUUAAAGAAUCCUUUUGGCCCACCUAUGAUGAAAUUACUGGGGUUCAAACCAUCACAUGUUCUUUGCAAAGAGAAGUGGUUUUUAAAGCCUUGUCACUUCCUUUUCCCUAAUGAAAGUAUUAUAGAAGGCUCUACUGUAGCAUUUAAAGCUCUUUAUCAAGCAUGUUUAGAGAUGUCCAUGGUGGCUAUUUGUGUACUAUGCACCAGAGUCAAUUCUAGGCCAAAGAUUGUAGCACUGUCCCCAUGUUCAAAUGCCUUGGGUAAUGAUGUUGAAAUGGGCUUUGAUGUCAUUCAGCUCCCAUUCAUGGAAAAUGUAAGAGAAGUACCAAUCAUUGAUGAUGAUGAAGAUCACAAGGUCUCCAGUGUUGACAAGUCUUUUAUGAAGGAUGUAUUAAACACAGUAAAGUUUUACUACCAUCCCAAUUUGUUUGCAAAUCCGAAAACACAGUCUUUAAUGCGAGCCGUGGAAGCUGUUGCACUGGAAGAGGAUGAUGUUGAACCAUUUGAAGAUACAACAAAGCCAAAGCCAAAAGUAUUUGAAGAUGUUAAAGCAGACUUAUUUGAAGAAAUCUUUGGGCCCUUUGAUCCUUUAGCAACAAAAAGAUUUGGACCUUCUGGCUCUGGACCUGCAGCAAAGAAAGCAAGGUUGGAGGGCAUGGAUGCAGAAGCCAUAUUGAAACAUAGGUUAAGUAAUAAAGAAGUGCAGGACUAUACAGUUAAAGAAUUAAGGGAACUAUUGAAGUCUAAAAAUACACCAGCCAUAACUGGUUUGAAGAAAAAUGAGCUUGUUGAUUUAGUAUAUCGGUGUUAUGCUGAUGAUUGAUUGUUAAGAAUUUGUUUAGUUGAUCAAAAUUAUUUUGUAAUAAAACUGUUCAAUUAUGUAA